GUGCCCCAUCAUUGGUGUCAGUGGGAGGAAUGGUGUCCCAUCAUUGGUGUCAGUGGGAGGAAUGGUGCCCCAUCAUUGGUGUCAGUGGGAGGAAUGGUGCCCCAUCAUUGGUGUCAGUGGGAGGAAUGGUGUCCCAUCAUUGGUGUCAGUGGGAGGAAUGGUGCCCCAUCAUUGGUGUCAGUGGGAGGAAUGUGCCCCAUCAUUGAUGUCAGUGGGAGGUAUAGUACCCCAUCAUUGGUGUCAGUGGGAGGAAUAGUGCCCCAUCAUUGAUGUCAGUGGGAGGAAUAGUGCCCCAUCAUUGGUAUCAGUGGGAGGAAUAGUGCCCCAUCAUUGGUAUCAGUGGGAGGAAUAGUGCCCCAUCAUUGGUGUCAGUAGGGGGAAUAGUGCCCCAUCAUUGGUGUCAGUGGGAGGAAUGG